GCUGCUCCAGAUUGGUGGAACAUGGCGGCGUGCUGGAGGCUCCUGAGCCGGAGUGUGUCAGUGCUCGGUCAUGGACAUGUGUGCAGGAAUGUCCUCCUCAGUCAGACCAGGGAGAAGAAGAGGUGGAUGAAGGCUUACACGCUCAUCAUGGAGAGGAAGAGGAGGAUAGAGGGAGAGCCGGAGCCGAAGCCGCGCUCCCAGCAGCCUAACUGGGACUACCACGCUGAGGUUGAAGCUUUUAGCGCACGGCUGAAGGAGAGUUUCUCACUGGAGCUGCUGAAGACGGCUUUUGUGAACCCCUGCUACCUGCGCGGUGAGGAGGAGAGGCGGCGGACACUGGGCCUGGACGCCGAAGGUGCUGCUCUGAACCUCAGAGACAACACUGAGCUGAGAGAACACGGCCAGCAGUUCACACUGAGUUUCCUCAGAGACUGGUGCAAGAGCAAUCUCCCUAACCUGCCCGAGGCAGGGGUUACAGCCAUUGUGGGUCACUUGACGGGGUCCGAGGUUAUGUGUCAUGUGGCACGGAACCUGGCAGUGGAGGAACUGGCAAUGACCGCCGAGUUUCCUGUUCCAGACAACAUCCUUCAGGGAACAUUCUUUGCUGUGAUUGGUGCUCUGGAGCAGAGCAGUGGAGCUGAGAGGGCGGGGCUUUUUGUCAGGGAUUUCCUGGUGACCCAGCUGAUAGGGAAGGACCUGUUCGAUAUGUGGAAGGUGGUGAACCCUAUGGGGCUGCUGGUGGAGGAGCUGACCCGUAGAGGAAUGGCCCUCCCUGAACCGCGGCUCAUCCAGUCCGCCGGGGCCAGCACUGUCCUUCCACUUUACUUCGUUGGCCUUUACAGCGAUCGAAAGCUGCUGGCUCAGGGCCCUGGCGAGACUCUACUGGCUGCAGAGGAGGAGGCAGCACGUGUGGCUCUGAGGAAACUUUUUGGCUACACGGAAACCCGCAAACCCUUUGACUUCUCCCCUCCCCAAGAGAAGCCCCAAACAGCGGCCUCCCGGGCAGUCGCCAGUGGAUAACGCACUCUUUGAUCUCCUUGUUCUCCACCUGGCAUGUGCUUUCUUCUCUCUUCACCAAAAAUGCAACUUUGGCCACUUCUAGAAGAGCAGAGUUAUGCUUACAAGAACAUCAGUAGACAUCCAGUGUCUCUCCUUGUUUCUCACACCUUCCUUCAUUAAUUUCAGUGUGGAAGACGUUGUGUAAGAUAUUGAUUCCUUCAGCAGCCACAGAAGUUGCACACUGUACUCUUACUGCUUUGGUCAUUAAAAAAGUCUGCACCCGUAUUUUUAACAGA